UUUGGUUAGGAAAAGUUUGCAGCGCUCGGAAAGGAUCUGUGAUGAGAGCUCGAGCGCGCUGCUGCUACACGUUUACGCAGCACUCCAUCAUGUCCUCCAGCGUCUUUCUCCUCGCUCUCCUUUAUGUUUUGUCCGUUUUGGAUCCGUGCUCGUGUGAAGCGGAGCUCGGCGGUGUUUUGGAGCCGUAUGACCUGCUGUUCGACAAUGCAUUGGAAGCGUACUACAAGCAGGACUGGCUCUCGGUCAUCCUGAACAUGGAACGCGCGCUGAGGAACAAGGGCACAGUGCGCAAAGUGAAGGCUGAAUGCCGCUUAUCCUGCGCCAAUCUCACCUCAUUCCAGCACACCGAGCCCGAUUCACCCGUUCCGCUUCCCGGCGCCGGUCCCGUUGAAGACCUUGGAUUUUUCCAGCGCGUGCUGCAGCGGGCCGAGUGCGUGAGCCGGUGCGAGGCGGAGAAACUCGGUCCGCCGUCCGUGCACAAAAUCAGCGACGAGGUGGAGCUCGAGUUCAAGAAGAGGACUCCGUAUAAUUACCUACAGGUUGCUUAUUUUAAGAUAAACAAGCUCGACAAAGCCGUGGCUGCGGCGAACACGUUCUACAUAGCGAAUCCUGACCACAUGGAGAUGAGACAGAACCUGGAGUACUACAGCCUGAUGGCCGGCGUCCAGGAGACGGACUUUAAAGACCUGGAGGCCAGACCGCACAUGGCCGAGUUUCUAGAAGGGAAGCGUCUGUACAGCGCCGACGAGUUCACCGCCUCCAUCGGACACUUCGAGAAGGCGCUCGAGGAGUUUUUCACCGCCGACGCAGAGUGCCGGGCGCUGUGCGAGGGCGAGUACGACUACGACGGAUAUAACUACAUGGAGUACAACGCCGACCUCUUCCAGUCUAUCUCAGAUCACUACCUGUACAAUCUGAACUGCAAGCAGAACUGCGCCGUGGAGCUGGCGUCCACCGCUGGAACAGAUAAACCAUUCGAGGACUUCCUGCCUUCACAUUUUAACUACCUCCAGUUUUCCUACUAUAACACCGAACAGUACGAGAAGGCCAUCGAAUGCGCUAAAACCUUCCUCUUCUUCCGCCCUAACGACGAGGUGAUGAAGCAGAACUUGGCGUAUUACUCUGUCAUGCUGGGAGAAGAUAAAGCUGCUGCUGUCACUGCCAGAGAGGUUGUUGAGCAGUACAUCAAGAAGUCUUUGCUGGAGAAAGAGCUCUUAUAUUUCGGAGAUGAAAUAUUCGGAGUCCCGUUUGUUGAUCCGGACAUGUGGACACCGGAAGAAAUCAUGCCUAAGAAACUCAGGGACAAACAAAAGGCCGAUCGAGAGAGAGCGGCUCGCAUCACCGAAGAGAUCGGCAACCUGAUGAAGGAAAUCGAGACGCUGGUGGAGGAGAAGACCAAGGAGUCAGCAGACAUCACCCAGAUGGUUAAAGACGGAUCCAGUAAGUCCACUGCUGCUCCAGAAGGCGACUUGGCGUUUGAUGGCAUCACGGUCAGCAUGACGUCCAACGCUCUGAACGGUUCUCAGAGAGUCGUGCUGGACGGAGUGAUCACCGAUGAUGAGUGUCGGGAAUUACACCGGCUUUCAAACACAGCAGCACAGAAAGGCGACGGCUACAGAGGAAGGCCAAGUCCACACUCGCCCAGCGAGAUGUUCCAGGGGGUCACUAUUCUCAAAGCUCUUAAGCUUGGUCAGGAAGGCCUGCUUCCUCUGAAGAGCGCUCGUCUGUUUUUCGACCUCAGUGAGAAGGUACGCAGGGUGGUGGAGUCGUACUUCAGUCUCCAGUCUACUCUGUACUUCUCCUACUCACACCUGGUCUGCCGCUCCGCCAUCGAGGAGAAACAAGAAUCCCGAGAAGACCUGAGCCACCCUGUACACGUCGACAACUGCCUCCUGAUCUCCGAACUCAACGAGUGUAUGAAAGAGCCGCCAGCGUACACACACCGGGACUACAGCGCCAUUCUUUACCUGAAUGACGACUUUGAAGGAGGAGAUUUCAUCUUCACAGAACUUGAUGCCAAAACCAUCACAGCAGUGGUGAAGCCUCAGUGCGGUCGUAUCGUGGCGUUCAGUGCCGGUAAGGAGAACCCUCAUGGAGUCCGAGCAGUGACCAAAGGUCAGAGGUGUGCGGUGGCGCUGUGGUUCACUCUGGAUCCUCGACACAACGAAAAGGAGCGAAUUCAGGCAGAAGAACUUUUAAAGAUGCUCUCCAGCCCUCUGAACGCAGAGUUCCAGAAACCCGAGAAUGAGGAGGAGGACAGGAGCCAAGUGACGGCAUCAGAGAAGGACAGUGUGAAGCCCGAAGGAGAAAAUACAGCCACGACAGAAGAAACGAAAACACCUGAGGAAGAGCAAGCAAGCAAAACCUCAGAGGAAAAGACGGAGACGAGCACGGACGCAAAGACGGACGGCAAAGACGCACAGCUGGACGACACAGCUGCAGAAAAAGCAAGUGCUAAAAAGACGACGAAAACCAAACCGGCAGGAAAAGCAAAGACGAAAACAAAAGUGGCAGAAAAAACGAAGAGCAAAACAGCAGAGAAAAAGGGAAAGCCGGCUGCUAAGAAGGCGGCAAAAUCAUCCAAAAAGACAGACAGCAAACAGUCGAAAGCAAAAAGCUCAAAAUCAGACUCGGAAAAGAAAAAGGAUGAAUUAUGAGCAUCUGUUUUUUUUUUUAUUUUAUUCUCUAAUUUUUAAUGUUAAUGUCUGAUUUUUGUGUGAAUUUUUUUUCUGACAGCAAACGACAAUCUGAUUGGAAUUUUUGAGUUUUUUUUUUUUGCUACUUUUUUAUUAUUACAAAAAAAAUAAUUAAUUCAGAAAUCACCAGAUCAACAGUAAUAAAAUGAGCCAUCGCUGAAAUAAAAUUCCUGUUCUUUUAUUUUUAA